AUGAGUUAUCACUUGUCCACCAAGCGGCAAUCCAACUUGGAAAUCCGUACUCAUCAUCGUCUACUUCCGAGAAAGGUUGGAACCUCGUCUGAGCAGAAUCAGCUCAUCCGCAAGCGCAAUCAGCUUAUGGCAUGGAUCGAACAGGCAGAUCACAAGUGUGAUCAAGCACACCUUCUGAAAAUGCUUGAGGAAUACAUCAAGGCCCACAAUUUGGCUAUCAAGUUCUACUCUGAGAAACGUCGUAGACGCUUCGAUAAGAUAAUUCGUGAACUCCGCCGUAAGGAAGACGCAUACAUCAAAAAAAUCAUUCGCCUGAAGCAACAAGCAGAGAACGGGGAGGUGGUCGAGGACGAGGACGAGCACGAGGAGACGUUUCUGGAGUACCUCACCAAUGGAAUCAAGUCAAUGUUCUGCUGCUUCAAAUGA